AUGUUGUCCCGAGCUGUAGUGGGACGAUCGCUGUUGCGACAGAGUCGUAGGUACUUGUCCGAUGCAGCAGCUCCUCCUGCUGCCGUUCGUCCCGUGAGAAAGACAGUGUCACCUCAAGAACGCGAAGCGCUGCGACAAGCCCGCAAGGAACAGGCUGCUAAGGUCUUGCAACAACAGAGUGGCGAUGCAUCGGCUGGAGCAAGUUCUGCAGCAUCGUCAGCGGUUCACUUGUCGUCCAAGCACUCCAGAUGGGUCUGGUAUAUCAGCGUGGGAGUCCCCUCGGCACUGUUGGUUUGGGGAUCCAACGAUGAGAAUAGCCCACCUGCCAAAUUUGCAAAGAUGAUUGGAUUGACGGCACUCGUUACCAGCUUUUCAGAGGACUUUGCCAAGCCAUCUCAUGACAAGCUAUUGCCAGAUUGGUCACAGAUGCCAAAUGUACCCCAUGAUAUCCCAGUGCCGCCCACUCUAGUCCUUGAUUUGGAAAACACAUUGGUGAGCUCCACUUGGGAUAGAAAGUAUGGUUGGCGCCAUGCAAAGCGUCCUGGAGUUGACAAGUUCUUGCAUGAUAUGGCACAAUAUUAUGAAAUUGUGCUGUAUUCUCCAAGCAUUGAUGGGAUUGCAGAUCCAGUCGUCACGUCGCUGGACAAGGACGGCUGCAUCAUGCAUCGUCUCUACAGAGAUGCAACCUACUAUCGCAACGGAAUCCAUGUCAAGGAUCUCAGUCGCUUGAAUCGAAAUGUGAAACGGAUGAUUGUCAUUGAUGACGACCCAGCGGAGGUUUCAUUGAAUCCAGAAAACAUGAUCCGCGUCAAACCUUACACGGACCCCAAUGACAGGACGGAUAAUACACUGGCACGAAUUGCUCCCUUUCUCAUUGAAAUUGUACGAGAAGGAUACGACGAUUUUCCAGCAUUGUUGGAACAGUAUCGUGGAAUGGACGCAGACGAGAUUGCCGAUGAACAAGAGAACCGAAUUUCCCAGUUUCGACGUGAUCGGCAACAACUAUCGCAACGAGGCUUGGGAGGAUUCGUCCGUGGAGGCUUAAUGUCCAAUCUACCGGAACCAGAAAUGCAGCCAUCCAAUGACUAUGGCGCCUAUGGGAGCAGAUCGCAACUCACUGCCAAGGACUUGGUCGGAGCUGCUCCACCCUCAAUGGACGAUAAAGGUGGAUUUGUGGACUGGGUGAAUCGUAGGGCCCAGGAGAAGGAGGAACAAAAGAUGCUCAAAUAUGAAAAAUGGAACGAGGUAAUGCUCCGAAAACAAAAAGAAAAGAAAGAAGCCGAAGACAGAGCCCGACAAUCGGCCUAG